CAAAUUGUUAAGCCAAUUGCUGUACAGGCAGUUUAUAUUCCCAUAGUACCUUUAUUUUGGGACACCAGAAAAAGAAAAAAAAAACAGCUCAUGACACCGAGAGGAGUGACCAUUUAGGCGUAACGCUAAUAAAAUCAUCUGUGGCAACGAUCCGAUUCUAAAUUGGCCUCAACUGGGAAACUGAACACCUUUACUUGCUGAUUUUUCUUCUCCCUCUGAUGCACACAGAUCCACCCCACGGCUAAUAUUUUUACUGCUCUCUUCUGACCGGAUCGAUGCAAAUGUCACACGAUUUACAGGCUACUGCCAGACUUUGGCACGAAAACGUCAAUGUUUUGGCCACCUUCGCGUGAAAUUUGCGGUGUGCCGUCCUCCCGCUGCUCCGAAGCCGUUUGGCUGAGAGAGCCGAGCCUCCGUCAGGCUCUUUUCAGCACCUGGACAGCUCCCCUCUCGUAGGGGAAGCCCUCGGCUGGAGGGCGCAACCUGGACCCCUAACUCAGCUCGUCUUAUCCGGGGAGGAAGGGCCGUUGGUUCGAUCUUGAUGUGAAUGUACUUAAGAACAGCUAAUAUGGCUCUUGCCGAGUGACGAUGCUUCAAGCAUUCGAGCUGCAGCCUCUGUUUGGUUUUGCACCGAAAUCCGCGCAGCGCAGAGGAGCAGCGAAAGCAGCGGCGGUGCUUGUCCAGUGCAAAAGGAUUGCUCCAGCCUACACACACUGCUCCCCUGCUGCUGCUUCACUCACUGUGAUCACCACCGAGGGAGACAUUACUUUCUGCAGGGGAGCAACGGGAGGCACAAUUACGCAUCAACAAUGUAAAUCUCUCAUAGGUUCAACAUGAAAGCAGGAUCUCUCAGGUUGAAAGGUGAACUGCAGCUCUAAAACAGGCAGAAGUGAAUAGAGAUCGCGUGGAGAGACCCCACCACCUCAUCGCUUCCCUUCUCCAUCACCCAUCAUUAUGGCCAAUGCUGAAGAAGUGGAACAGGCAGGUCUGUCAGACUUGGAGAUCAUCUCCCAGCCGGUGGAGGAUGAGAACCAGCGCCUGGCUCCUCCAGUCCAGCUGGUCAGCUUUGGCUACAGAGAUCUGCCCCUCGCAGCUCUGGACCUCUCACUGGCCGGCUCGCAGCUGCUCUCCAACGCAGACGAAGAAGAAAACAGGGAAGGGUCCAACUGGCUGAAGCCUUGCUGUGGGCGUCGAGUAGCUCUGUGGCAGGUCUGCCUGCUCAGUGCUGGCUUCAACUGUGUGCUGGUGGCCUGCGUUAUUCUGGUGGUGCUUUUUCUGUCUUUGGAGUUGCUCAUAGACACCAAACUAUUACAAUUUUCCAGUGCGUUCCAAUUUGCCACCAUUAUCCACUGGAUCAGCCUCAUCAUCCUGUCACUUUUUUUUUCAGAGACUGUCUUUAGAAUUGUAGUGCUCGGGAUCUGGGAUUACAUCGAAAACAAAGUGGAAGUGUUUGAUGGUGCUGUCAUCGUGCUGUCUCUGGCCCCAAUGGUGGCCUCCACAGUCGCCAACGGGCCCAGCAGCCCCUGGGACGCCAUCAGCCUCAUCAUCACACUGCGCAUUUGGAGGGUCAAGAGGAUCAUUGAUGCGUAUGUCCUGCAAGUCAAAGUUGAGAUGGAGCUGGAGAUCCAGCAGUGUGAGAAAACGAAGGCUGUGAGGGAAGAGCAGCUUGAGCGUCUCACUCAGAUCUGUCAGGAGCAGGCCUUUGAAAUCCGCCAGCUGCGGGCACAUCUGGCACAGCAGGACCUGGACCUCGCAGCAGAGCGUGAAGCAGCUAUGCAGAUCCACCACGCGUGGGGCAAACAGGGCAGGAGCUUUCAGGUCGUGGAAGGUUUGACACCUGGGGAGUCCGACGACGAGGGCGGGCAGAGAAACCCCAGGGAGCCACACACUAAUACAGAUGCAGUGGUGCGCGAUGACAUGAACAACUACAUUAGCCAAUAUUACAAUGAAGCCAACAAUGAUACUGGAGCAUCUGGUUUAGGGGCACGGGUCAUCACCAUGGCAGCCAUUGAUGUCCACCUCCCUAACAGCACCAACUCCAUCCAGUCAAAUCCGAAGCUUGCCAUAGAGCGUGUUGGCAGCACUGUAAGCAACGCCUCCACCAGCAUAUCGCAGUCCAGUGGCAGCCUGACGGUCCACCCUCACAGUCUGAGCAGCCACACCCCGGGUUCAUCCAUGGCAGACUGUAGCAGCAGCACAGCUCAGGACGUCAGCCUAAGCUCGCAUUGCUGCUGCCCUCCUUCCUUCUCAGGCCAGGACCCCUGCAGGGACCCUAGUGCUGUGGUGCAGGAGCUGCUCUCCUCCCUCUCAGAAGACUCUUGCCUCGCUCAGAAGGGUCUGGCAGUAGACCCCGUCAACCUUAAGCUUCCCAGCCCCACUGGCUCGGAAAAUUGCAGCCCAGAAAUGGACAAAAGAAUAAAUCUGUUCAAUUGCAAGAACCAGGAGGACAGGCGAGGCCGGGGAAGAGGGUGUGUUCUGAUGCAGACGAAGCCCCUAAUCCACCUGCAGGGCAGCACCACUGAGCCGUCUCUGGAGGAGAAAUACAGGCUUCUAGGCCCAGCUGACUCGCCUCUGGGGCACAUGCCUGACACAUAAGCUACAUUUACAGAAACAGAAGCUUUUCAUUUACUUUUUACUGCCAUUCUGUUUGCUAUAUGUCUAAUCUUUUGUGACAGGUUGCUUCUCUUGACAGGAACCACAUUAGGAUCAAAAAUUGGGUUUUAUCUGUUGCUUUUUAAAGCCAUUGUCAGUUCAUUCUAACUAAGCUUGUCACAGCUUCCAGCUAAGACUUUUGUUCCUCCAAAAUAGAAAACAGAAUAAAAACAUUUGUAGUCAAGGCCCUUUGUAAAUCUAUUCAGUCUUAUUGGUUUUCUUUUAAUGGGUUUUUGAAAUGAUAAAAAAAUACCCAGGUAUAGCACAACAAAGACUAAAAUAGGAUGUGUUCUCAGACACAUUCAUCAUCAGGAAUUCUCACUUUGCAGACGUCAGAAAUGCACUGAACUUCACAAAAAUUAAAACCAGCCAAGGGCCACUCAAGCCUAUAUUGAACAAAAAAUUGUUGAACAAAUUUCCAGCAGUUGAAUAAGUGUUUUAUAUUGCUUUUCUAUUUAAUUUUUGGUUUCUUUUUUUUGUACUAUUACCUACAAAUGUUGCUCAUGCUAUUGUCCGUCCUAACAGCUACAGGGUAUACAAGACAAGACGGACUAUUCAAAGAGCCUGUUUUUUUUUUUUUUUACCUUUGCCUUUCCAGUUUUAAUUUGUUUGAUCUUUUAAAACAAUGGACCACAAAUGAAAACUGGCUCAAUUGCAUUUUUGACCUUGCAGAAAUCUUAGCAAGGGGAACAAAAUGAAAAGUUACCAGAAUGGUCUCUUCACAUCAAACUAGACCAGAGUGCUUGUAGCAUGAACCUUUAAAUGAUACAUGACAAAAAUGGCGAUCAAAUUCUUUGCACUUUAAUGUUUACUGACACUUUUGUAAAGUUGUUGCCAAUUGCAGGUGAUGUUCUUUGAAGGAAAACAGCAAAAAUAAAAGUUCUUAUUUCCUUAA